AUGUCUGGCGUUCUCUACUCCCUCGAGCACUCGCGCAUCGCAAAGGCCGUCGGCGGCGUUGUCGGCCUCGGCUUCAACCCCGUCGUCUCCGGCGCGCUGCUCGCCUUCCUGCUGCGCGCGCCCCCGCACGUCCUCGCCCAGACUCUGCAGCGCGUCUCCCUGCCUGCCAACCAGGACCUGACCACGGCCAAGACGGUCCUCCAGGUGCUCUUGGGCAUUGGCCUCGUCCGCGCCGUCAACCGCAAGCUCAGCGACAUGGCGGCCAACGCGUGGCGGUGGGGCCCCGCGCCCGGCUGGGACUGGCCGCGCGAGGUCGCCGUCGUCACCGGCGGCUGCAGCGGCAUCGGCCUGGCCAUCGUGCACAAGCUGCGCGCCCGGCGCGUCCGCGUCGCCGUCCUCGACGUGCAGCCAGCGCCGCGCGAGCUGGCGCGCGACGACGGCGUGCGCUACUACAAGUGCGACGUCACCUCGUCCGCGUCCGUGGCCGAGGUGGCCGCCGCGAUCCGCGCGGACCUCGGCGACCCGACCAUCCUCAUCAACAACGCGGGCAUCGCGGUGCCCACCAACAUCCUCGACAUCUCCGAGGACGCGCUGCGCCGCAUCUUUGGCGUCAACACCAUGUGCCACUGGCUCACCUGCCAGCAGUUCCUGCCGGCCAUGAUCCGCGCCGACAAGGGCCACGUCGUCACCAUCGCGUCCGUCGCGUCCUUUGUCAGCCUGCCGGGCCACGCCGACUACGGCGCGACCAAGGCGUCGGCGCUGGCCUUCCACGAGGCGCUGCGGACGGAGCUGCGCCACGCCUACGACGCGCCCAACGUGCUGGCCACCGUCGUCCACCCCAACUUCGUCGCCACCCCGCUGCUGACGGACUUUGAGCAGCACCUCAAGGACGGCGGCGUGCGGAUGCUCACGCCGGAGCAGGUCGCCGCCGACACGACGGAGCGCAUCUUUGCGCGCAGGGGCGGCCAGGUCAUCAUCCCCAAGUCGUCGGCCGGCACCUCGGCCGUGCGCGGCUGGCCGACCUGGCUCCAGGUCCUCAUCCACGACGUCCUCGGCGCCCGGACGGCAAAAAUGAACGCGGACAAGAAGCGCGGCACUGCCAGAAAGUGA